UAAUGAAAACGCUGAGUACCCUGUUUUGAUUUAUAGAACCCCCACAGACAAUUGUACCGUGCGUUGUACAAUACUCCACGUUCUCAGCCUUCACAACAAUUUAUAUAAUAUCCUUUAGAUCUGCUUCAAACUCUGUAGUCUGUGCUCAAAGGAGUCCCAACUCCCCAAGCUUCACAUUCCCUCACUUCUUCAUUAACUAACUUCCUUCAGAAAAAAAAAAUACAUUUAAGUGCAAUGGCUGUGAGGAAGCCUGGUGUAAUUGCUUUGUUUGAUGUUGAUGGGACUCUUACUGCUCCAAGAAAGGUGGCCACUCCAAAGAUCUUAGAGUUCAUGCGGCAACUCCGUGAGGUUGUGACAGUUGGUGUUGUGGGAGGAUCUGACCUUCUUAAAAUAUCAGAGCAGCUUGGGAAGACAGUUAUUGAUGACUAUGAUUAUGCAUUUUCUGAGAAUGGCCUUGUGGCUCACAAAGACGGAAAGCUUAUUGGCACUGAGAGCUUAAAGUCAUUUCUUGGAGAAGAGAAACUCAAGGAAAUUAUUAAUUUUACUCUGCAUUAUCUUGCUGACUUGGAUAUCCCUAUAAAAAGGGGAACAUUUAUAGAGCUCCGAAGUGGCAUGCUGAAUAUAUCACCUAUUGGGCGAAACUGCAGCCAAGAAGAAAGGGAUGAAUUUGAAAAGUAUGACAAGGUUCACAAUUUCCGCGCAAAAAUGAUAUCCGCGCUUCGCGAGAAGUUUGCACACCUUAAUCUGACAUUUUCCAUUGGAGGACAAAUAAGUUUUGAUGUUUUCCCUCAAGGUUGGGACAAGACCUACUGCUUGAGAUACCUAGAUGAUUUUCAUGAAAUCCAUUUCUUUGGUGACAAAACAUACAAGGGAGGAAAUGACCAUGAAAUUUAUGAAUCAAAACGAACAAUUGGUCACACAGUUACCAGCCCUGAAGAUACUAUGGAGCAGUGCAAAGCUCUCUUCCUUGCAUACCCCUGAACAUCUACCAAUUGUUUAAUCUUUAGAUUUAUGCCAUUUGUAUUUUAUAUGUAUGAAUAAAAGUACUAAGUAGAGAUACUGUAAAAUUCAUUUUUGAACUGUUAUUCUUAUAUUAUAUGUAUGUUUUUAUUGGCAACCUAAAUUGUGAUUGUUUAUUGUUUUACUGAAGUCAAAUCUACUUACCAAAACAAAGGUGGAGGUUUUGUAUU